UAAAUCCGAAACACUGUGUUCUUAUUUAUAUUUAUAAAAAAAAGUGACAAAUUUUUGAAAAAAUAAAUUGCGAGUGAAAAAUAGAAAACGUGAUAGUGAUAAGAGCGUUAGGAGUUUUUUUUUUAUUAACUCAAGGUUAUAAAUUGUGCUGAGAACUCUUAAUUGUUAUCUAAUCCAAGUGAUAUUUAAUUUUUUAAUUAACGAGACUCGAAAUUAUUAUUAAAUAUUAAAGUUAAACUGCUUUUUUUUAUUUAUAUUAUUGGGAAAAUAUUGAUCCUGGAUUGAGGAAACAAGAUCUUCUGGAAUUAUGCCAUGAGUAUUAAAUCAUCGGAAGAAACGCUCAAAGAGCCAGGAUUGGAAGCUGUAAAUCUGCACAAGAAAAGUACAAGAACUCAAUGGAAACAAUGGUUGGCUUGCAUUUCAGCCACCUUAUCGAUGGUAUCGGUGGGAACGGUUUACGGAUGGGUUACCACGAUUAUUACUCGUUUAGAAAACGGAAUAGAUGUCCCAGUACAAACCACUUCAGAUGAAGGAUCAUGGAUCUCCUCCCUAACUGUCACAGGAUCAAUGCUUGGAUCCUUUUUGGGAGCGUGGUUAUCGGACAGAUUUGGUCGCAAGCGAUGCCUCCUUCUCUCAAGUAUUUUCUACAUAUCCGGCUGGACUCUGACAAUAUUCGCCUGGCGUGUCGAGUCCCUCUAUGCAGCAAGAAUAAUUCUUGGUGUCGGCGUUGGCAUGUCCUACUCAACAAAUCCCAUGUACGUCUCAGAAGUUGCUGACGUAAAAAUUCGCGGUGCCCUAGGAACACUAAUAGCAGUAAACGUCUUCACUGGUUCAUUAUUAAUGGUCUCAAUUGGACCAUGGGUAUCAUAUCAAGUACUCGGCUCAGUUGCCCUUCUAAUCCCCCUAAUAUUCGUCAUUGUCUUCCUCUGCUUUCCCGAGAGUCCCUACUAUCUCGCGGCAAAGGGCAAGCAUCAAGAGGCCAUGAGUGUAUUGUCCUUCUUCAAAGGAAUCGAGGACAGAGAGGAGGUUCGCAAAGAGCUCGACAUCAUUCUCGAAACGAUAAAUCAACACAGCGAAUCGUCGGGCAAUUGGAAAGAACGUUUUCAUCAAUUACUGAUGCAAAUGAAUAAUCGCAAGGCACUGCUAAUUGUCAGCGGUCUUCUUCUCACUCAACAAUUGAGCGGUAAUUUCAGUAUGAUGCAGUACAUUCAAAAUCUUCUCGAGAAAACAAAUAAUAUUGGAUUGGAACCACAUGUGUCGACUAUUAUUAUUAUUGCAUCGGGUCUCGUUGCAGGAACGGCGGCAACAUUAACUGUCGAUAGAUUCGGUAGAAGGCCAUUGUUAAUGUUCUCAACAAUUGGCUGUACAAUGACAUUGGGAAUUUUUGCCACAUAUCUUUAUAUUGACAGUACACACGUUGACAUAUCGUCGGUGAAUUUAAUUCCAAUUAUUGAUAUGGUUCUAUUUCAAAUUGCAUUUCAACUUGGUUUGGGUACAUUGCCAAAUGCAUUGAUUGGCGAACUUUUUCCUGGUAAUGUGAAAGGAAUUGCUGCAGCGUCGCUCACUGUUCUCGAUGGAAUACUCACAUUCACAGUUGUUAAAUUAUAUUCACCAAUAAGUAAUGCGUACGGUGAAUAUAUGAUGUUUGCAAUUUUCACCAUUUCCUGCUUUCUCGCAUUCUUCUUUGUUUUUGCAUUUAUACCUGAAACGAAAAAACGAACAUUAAAUGAAAUACAGGAGAUUUUAAGCCAACAGGGACUUGGAUGUAGAAGAAGAAAUUGUAAAUAAUUAUGAAAUUUAAUAGUUUGAUAAAAUAAAUAAUUGAAUAAUAAUAAAAUAAAUAAUUCAAUAAUGAUAAAAUAAAUAAUUCAAUAAUGAUAAAAUAAAUAAUAAU